ACGCAGAGAUAGUCAAGCUGUUGCUGGCGAGAGAUGACGUUGAUGUCAAGUGGAGAGAUGAAAAUCCAAAUUCAACACUUCUGUUCAGAGCGGCGAACAACGGAUGUAAACCUGUUCUCACCGGAGAAAAUAUUGACGUGAACUUGCAAGAUGAAAAUGGAGAUUCUCCACUGCAUUAUGCGGUGCGUUCUAGGCAUGAAAAAGUAGUCUCCUUGCUUCUCUCGCAUUGUAAUAUCGCACCCAAUUUGAAGAACAUAAAGGGACAGUCACCGCUGCAUUGCGCGAUCUUGGGUAUUGACCAAGGACAGGAGUCGUCAAAGCGCAUGUCUGCGAGCUCGCCGGAGGCAAUUGUGGGCCUUCUUCUUGCGCGAGGUGACAUUCGUGUCGAUUUGGUGGACGACAAUGGAUUGACACCGCUGAUGCUUGCUCGCUCUCUCGAAGCUGUAGCCGUGGUGAAACUCCUUGAAGAGUAUACAAUAGACUCAGAGUUCAAUUCUGUGGAUGGAAGAGAAACUUGCUCCAAGCGGAUAAACAGAGGACCAUUGAUAGGCACGACGGUCGUUGGUCAUCAAACAAUACAUAGGAGAGAUAUUGCACGGCCCUUGUUAUGUUCAAUAUCACGGAAUAAUGAUAAUGACCAAGGUAGUUCCCAUUACUCAUCAGGGUCCUAUCCCCCUAGUAUCCUCCACGACACCCUACCUUCACCUGAUUAGUUGCAAUCAUUUUGACGUUACUGUGUCUGUCACUAAGGAUGGCCUUGAUCCUACAGUCAAGGAUUUGUUCAGUAUAUGUUGACUGCAGCGUUUUGACAGAACUGAAUGGUCUCCCGUAAUUAUCGACAUGACGUUCGAUUACCAUGUUUUAUAUAACAUCCAAACAAUUCUAUCUAUUUAAUGUUUAUACUGAAACCU